AGCCCCGAUUAUUGCAGAUCGAAUGACGGAAGCGCCUGCAAGCUGGUGCGACUGCAAAAGAGACUGCGUGUCGCGCCGUUACUCCGUCGACCACUACCACGGCAACCUCCAAGCUGUCCAGCAUGUCAUGAUCAAUGAUAGAUAUGCGGGAGUAGUUCUUAACGAAAGCACGACGGUUAUGCAUUUCUUCUUUCCCAAGGCCACAUUUGUCAGGCAAAAACAGGAGACUGUGAUGUCUUUGGUCAAUUUCGUCUCUAACUUAGGCGGAGUGUUCGGUCUGUGUCUAGGCUGUAGCUUCAUUAGUUUGUUCGAGAUCUGUUUCUACAUAUAUAUCGCCAUAAAAAACCACAUUCAAAAGCGACGGACGACGAGACGACGACGAAGAAUCGGAUACUACAAUUAGUAUAUAUAUAAAGUUGGAUUUCCACUGCAAAAUCACCUUAAUAAACAUAUUGUAGGUUUGACUAUUUCAUUCUUUUUUAAGAAUUCACUCUCAGAAUUAAUUAUCUUUAAAGAGCAGCAGUGGUUACGCACGGUUCAGAGCACAAAGCACAAUUUCCUAUUGAUUUGAGCACAGUGAAGUAAUGCAGUUCUAGAAUAUUCUAUUCUCGAAAUUAUUUUGCUAAUUUUGUUUUUACAACUGAGACCAAUAAAUAAAAUA